AUGAAGCUGCAUCCCAUUUACAAUUUAUUUUUGUCGUUUUCAAAAUUAUUUUUAUUAAUUUCUUCAAUCGAAUAUUGGUUAGAAUGUCUUAAAUCUUUUGAAGCAUUUAUUUUACAAUUAAAAAUUCCAAAAGAAAAAUGUUAUCAAAAAGCCAAAGAUUUAAUUAUUGAUCAAUUAUGCGAAGAACUUAAAUUAAUUAUUAACCAAGAAGAUAAAAAUAUAACCUCAAAGAAAUCUAAUUUGGCUACUUUACUUGCCUCCUUAAAAUUAUUACACGAAAAGGAACGUGCAGAACUGCGUGUUGUUAAUUUAGUCAUUCAAUAUUUGAGAAAUGAUUCUAAGAAAAAAAUAAAAAUGGAUAUUUUAUUGCAAGAAGUUUUGAAUAAAGUGGUCAAUAUACGUCAAAGUUGGAUUAUUUACGCUCAAAAUUGUAAUAAUUUAUCUGAAGAGGUUGAAACAUUUUUUGAUGUUUGUCUUCUCAAUUCAGUUAUUUCUAUUUUGGAUGAGAAAUUUUCUACAAUUCUUGUUCCAACCGAUGCUCGCCUUUUCCAUUCUUGUUUUAAAUUUUUGAUUGAAAAAUUUAUUUCUUGUUGGCCUACAAAAAAUGAGAUUGUUCAAAUAGGACUACUUCGAAUUAUUCGAGACAAAUUUAAUUUAAUAAUUUACUUUAAAUUAGCUUCACAGCCUUUGGUUAUUUCAAUUAAAGAACAAAUUAAACCUGAAGAAUUUAAAUUUAAGUUGCCUGUUGACGGAGAUUCCAAUCCUUGUUUAUGUUCUUAUUCAAAUUCUAUACUUUCUUCAUUGCAUAUUCUUUAUUCUUCUGAUUAUUUUCUUCCUUCUUUGGCAAAUAAAUUUUGGGAAUUUACACUUCAACGGAUGGAGGAUUAUUUGGGAUGGGCGCAAUCAAUAAUAGACCAUUUUACUUUUACAACAAAGAAACAACAACUAGACACUAAUAAAUCAGCACAAUCAACCAUAUCUUCAGAACGAAAGUCUGUCUCUCCUGUUUCUUUUAAAGAAUCCUCUAAUCAAAUAACUUCUAAUAAUAUUACUUCUACUCUAUCAAUACCAACAUGGCUUGGUCUUGCUGCAUUAUCUCGUGAUUUGCAACUUUUUGACACCAAUCUUUUUCAAUUUUGUCUUUCCACUAUUUGGGAUUAUCUUCGGCAAUUGAAAAUUGACCCAACACCUUUUGGCCAAUGUCUUUCACUAUUCUCUGGCCAAUUAUCUGAAAAAAGGAAGGAAAUUGAACAAAAACUUUUGGAAAUACUUGGAGGGGAAUUGGCUAAGAAUCUUUCUGCCGUUAGCGACAUUCCUCGUCAAUAUCGUUGGACAAAACGUCCUCAACCUGUUGGAUUCUCUACUUAUUUGUCCUCUUCUUUUGAAAUAUUUGAACAGUUUGCGGAAGAAACUGUAAAUAAAUUAGGAUUUGAUGAAAUUGAACUUAAUCAAAUUAGAAGCCGAGCAAUGAUAAUUGCUUCUAAUGAUUUUUGUGAACGAGCUGAAAAGGUUUUUUGCGUUGAACAAACUGGGUCAUCACUUUUGAGAUUUAAACAAAGAAAAGCUUUAGCUUCUGGACAAUCAACUGCUGAGGCUGCGAGUAAAUCUGACGAGUCAAAAAUACGUACUCAACUUUGUUUUGAUGUUAAUUUGGUUAAACAAAGAGCUAGGGAAUAUGGCUUGGCAAAUGAAUAUAUGGAUAGAUUGGAACGGAUAGAACAACGAACAGCAACUUCUGAAAUUUCAACAAAAAUAACGGGCUCAACAACUGAAUGUGCCGAUUAAUAUUUGUUUGGUUUUCUAAUUUAUUUGCUUUUUUUG